AUGCCGGGCCAGGCUGAGGGGCCCCUGGGGGCCAAGACCGAGAGUGGCAGCCGCCGAUCAGCUGAACAUUCAUAUUACCAGAAUGCCAAAAGUACAGAAAGAAUUAAAGAUAGACACAAGAUGAGCUCACAUAUGGCCAUGCUGCAUGAGUUAUGGAGGACGCCCCUCCUGCAGACCAUUCACAUCCCCAAGGCGCUGGUGGACACCUGCUUCCUAAAGCAUCCAUACCUCACUGUGAGCCAGAAGCGUUACCUCUAUAGCAUCACGAAGAUCUGCAACUCCAGCUAUCUGCGGAUGCUGAUGAAAAGGCAGUACAUGCAAGUGAUUCAUUACAGCUCACAGGAGCCAGGCGCACUCUGCUGCCACUGCUCACAGAAACAGCCUUCCGCUGCCACCACAGGGCACCUUCAACUGGCGAAGGGCUUGUCCUGCACCCAGGCUGCACCCCAAGGGAGCCUACAGCAUUCCCUUUGGCGCUCCCUGAGGAACAAAGAGGGGUUAAAAAAUGGACAUGUGUCCAAAACAAGAUGUAAAUCAAUGAAGAUUUUCAGAAGAUCAGGCAGACUGUACAUGCAGCCAAUUUCUUCAAAUGACUCUGAAUCCUACAUGAAGGAAAAAAGGAGGAAGACCUACUAA